AGAUAAAUGCAGGUAGCUGGUCGAAACGUAUUCUUGCCUUUAAGGCAAACUGUUUUGGGAGCCAGGCGCCAAUACCCUGUUGCGCGUCAAUCAAAGUCUGCCGGUACCCAAACAAAUGUGGAGCAAGUGCCUCCUUCUGCCGCGAAAUGCCAUGGAAAAAUGCGAGGAUGGCAGCUGCACAGCUAUGGAGACAUCGAUGAGCUGCAGCUAUCAGAUAAACUGAAGAUUCCAUCGAUUCGUAGCUCCAACGAGUGUCUGGUACGAAUUAGGACAACUACGGUGAACCCCAUCGAUGUGGCCAUGCUCCGAGGGUAUGGCGCCACAGUUCUAAAUAAGAUGCGUUGCCUCCCUAGCGAUGGUAUCGAAUUCCCGCUAAUCCUUGGCCGUGAGUUCUGUGGCGAGCUGGUGCACAAAGGUAUGGGGGUGUCGGAAUCCCUCCCCCUCGGAACCCGUGUCUGGGGUGUAGUGCCACUGCAGGCCAGUGCCGGAGCUCAUGCAGAGUACGUAGCAGUACCGUCAUAUUGUGUAAGUCCAAUGGAAAAAUUUGUCGAGCCCUCACUAAUUUCCAUUAAAACCAUUCAGAUCUCCCAAGCUCCGGAUCAAUUGGAUGACUGUGAGGCCGCCAGCGUGCUAUACGCGGGAUUAACGGCGUGGUCUGGCCUUUACGUCACUGGCGGACUUGGGGGACCGUGUGGAGCCACCACCUCCUCCGGCGGCGGAGCCCACAAGCGUGUCCUGGUUCUGGGCGGAUCCGGAGGUGUGGGAACUCUGGCCGUGCAGAUACUCAAGUCACAAAAGGUGCAGGUUUUGGCAACGUGCAGCGCAAGAAACGUCGAAAUGGUGCGCAAUUUGGGAGCCGACUUUGUGGUGGACUACAACGACUGCGAGGCCAUGGAGGAGCUUUGCAAAUACGCGCCCUACGACAUCGUUCUGGACUGCGCCGGCCAAGGAGCCCAAAAGGCAGAGGAAUUGAAGUACGAUUACCGGCAGUAUAUUACCUUUUCGUCUCCGAUGCUGGCCAACAUAGAUCAGCAAGGCUUGGUCUUUGGAGCGAUCAAAAACGUUGGCGACCUAGUCCAAACCAAUUUCAAAUCCUUCGUCCAAAGAGGCGGUCUAGUCAAGUGGGGCUUCUUCAGCCCCGCGCCGCAUGGCAUUGAGUUCCUAAAGAAGCUUGUCGAAUCGCGAAAGCUGAUUCCGCAAAUCGACUGCAGUUUUGAUUUCGCCGAGCUGCCAAAGGCCUUUGAGCGUCUAAAAGGCGGGCACAUGCAGGGCAAGGCGGUGGUGAAGCUUUAAGUGUAUAUAGACUACUUUUUCAGAGUAUAUAGUGGGCAAUGAUAUAUGAUGAUAUAUAUAGGUGGUUUCUACGUUUUAAUUUAAAUGUAAAUAAAUAAAUGUUGCGCUGUGCGUAGCAUAUUUUGCUCAAGGUA